AUUUCCUCAGAGCAGAAGAUAAAAGAGAAAAAAGAAGCAGGUUUUCCAGAAGGUGCUAUUGACAUCCUUAUCUGUGGGAGGUGUAACACACAAUAUGAGGAUAUAGAGGCAUUUUUAGCACACAAACAAGCAAUCUGUUCUUUCAAGAAGAUGUUUUCAGCAAGUGAUCAAAAGCUAAAGGAACCAAUUAAACAAGAAACUCAGCAUGUAGAUCUUACCCAGCAUACAGAAUCCUCAGAGGCUGCAUCAACAGAAUGUUCCCCAUCUCAUACUACAGAGUCUUUUAAGGCCCAAUCAGCAGAGACAUGCACAUCUCAAAUGUCUUCAACAGAAAAAAAAAACAUAUUUACAAAUGAAAAGAUCACAUCAGAAAUAAAAACCAAACUUGCCUCAAAGAUAAAAAAGAGACCCCAUAGACCAUGCCCAUUCUGCAACAAAAUGCAGUCGGCACUAAGCAGACACAUACAGAAGUGUCACAAAGAGGAAGAAGAGGUUAAAGCUGCACUAAAGUUGCCAGGACCAGAAAAGCAACAAGCUUUUAAAAACAUGAAAAGACAAGGAAUUUAUCAGUACAAUGUUAAAGCGCUAUGCAAUGAGUCUGAAGAAGAACUGAUAAAAGAAAGAAAAACUGCUGCACAUAAAUCUUACACACAAAUGGCAAUGUGUUCCCUUUGCAAGGCAUUUUUGAAUAAAAAUACAAUGCAUCGCCAUAAAAAAAUAUGUAAAAGGGCAGAGGAAACAACAAUACCACCUUGUGGAAUUUCACUAAAUGUGUUUAAAGAAGUAGAGUAUCCUGCAAGUUAUGUUCAGUUUGUGUACACUAGAAUUCAAGCAGAUGAUGUUGGGAUGAAAAUAAGGGAUGAUACCUUCAUUAAGGACUAUGGUUUCAUGGAGUACAAAGCAAUAGAGGGAUCAAGUUUCAAACUGACAGAAAAACUAAAUACACUGCGAUCAAAAUUGAGAAGACUUGCCAGGCUUUUCAUGGAGUUUCAAAAAAUUGCUUCAGAGGCGGGAGUUGUAGUAAAACAUUGCUCUGAAAUGUUUAAUGUAAAAUCUAUUAAACUACUUAGCACUGCAGUUAAUUCUAUGACAAUUGACCCUGAAGGUGAAAUGAAAAGUGGAUUAAGAUUGGGGCUAAGAUCUUUAAUUCUUGAAGUGAGCAACUCAAUCUACUCCACUCACAUGCUUAUGGGAGAAGACGACAAAGCGCUUGAGGCUGAGAAGUUUAGAAAAGUCCUUCAAGUUCGAUGGAAAUCUUUCUUUAGAUCAGCACAGGAAGCAAUUAUUAAGAAGAGGCAAAAUGAAUCAAGAGACCCAAAACGUCUGCCCUCUGUUGAGGAUAUUAGGCAAAUUCAACAGUUUACAAAAAGCAGUGUAAAAGAAUUAGUAAGUGAUGCAACAUAUUCACUAAUGACCCAAACUUUGUUUUGUAAACUUAGAAACUUCAUUGCCAGUCGUCUAACAUUAUUUAAUGCUAGAAGAGGAGGGGAAGCAACUAGACUCACUGUUUCAGAGUUAAAGGAUGCUUUCAAAGACAAAUGGGUAGAUGAGUCAUUUAUCAAGAAAGACACUGAAAGUGAUGAUUUUGAAAAAAUGGCAUGUCAGCUUAAAUGUGCUUAUCUACAUUCUUCUAAGAAGUCAGAACUAGUGCCUGUCAUAAUUCCAGAGGAUUGCUGGAAGGGACUCCAAAUGCUUGCCGAUGUUGAAAAUAGAAAACUGGCGGGCAUACAUCCUCAAAAUGAAUUUGUAUUUGCCAAUACCGAAGAUUCAGUUGACCAUGUGAGUGGAUGGCAAUGUGUACGUGAUGUAUGUGAGAAAGCCGAUGUGCCUAGAAACAUAACUGCAACGGAUAUGAGACAUUUUGUAGCUACUCACUAUGCAUCCCUAGAAGUUCCUCAGCAGGAAAGAGACUUUUUUAUCCAAAAACAUAUGGGUCAUUCAAAAUUUAUAAAUGAAAAUGUUUACCAGUGCCCUCCUGCUGUCAGAGAGAUAAAAAUGGCAGGAAAAUUUCUAAUGACACUGGAUUCAUAUGAAGGUGAAAAUGAAAUAGUUGACCAAAAUGAAAUCAACAGCAGUCUGUGUAUUCCAGAAGAAGCGUUGUCAAAUGAGAACAGUUGCAUUGAUGAAACUUAUAAACCUGACAGCGAAAUUGACUCUGUGAAAGAACAGUCCAAGAAUGGUGUGGAUCUUAGUUCUUACAAAGUACCAAACAGAAAUGUUAAGAAAAAGAAAGGAAAAAAAGGUAGCAAUGAUAAACUUGAGGAUUAUGGAAAGAAAUGUAAUUAUACCCCCGCAAACGAAAGAUCAAGGAAGGAUGUUGAUGAGUCUGAUUCAUCAAGUGAACAUGAUGUCGGACCAGAAGAAAUCAAAGAAACAAGACAAGAGCUUGACCUUAAUAUAAAGUCUAGAAGUAAGCAGCAUUAAAUGAUAUGUAGGUCAUCGUCACUUCUGACUGGAUAUUUUUCUGAAAAAAAAAAAAGAGAAGAAGAAGGAAACAAAGGGGGAUUUUUAAAUAAAAUAAACCAAAACCCUAUC